CUUUCGGCAUUGUUUAAUCAUAUCAAACCUUUCAACUUACAAUUACUUACAGUUGGAUAUUGUCAUCGUAGGAGAUGUUCCACUUUCAGGAAGAUAGCGGUGGUAGAAUCAAGCAAACAUUUUUGCAACAAAUGGGGAGGUCCUGGAAGGAUACAAGGGGGAGGCUGUAUGACUCGCAUUACAAACCAACAAGGACACUUGAGAAGAAUCUUGACAACUGCCCGGCGGGAAUUCCUAGAGAGCAUUGGUGGUGGUUCAUUGAUUAUCGUAAUGAUCCUGCAACAAAGGCAAAGUGCAAGCAAAAUGCGUUGAAUCGAAAGAAGCAGCUUUACACGCACACUGGUGGUUCUAAAAGCUUGGCUAGGGCAAGGGAAGAAGAGACACAAAAACAAGGGAGGAGAGUUGGUAGGGGAGAAGUAUGGAUCCUAAAGCACAAACGACGUGAUGGCACCUAGAUACACGAAGAAGUGUAGAGGAUUGCUG